GAAUGAUGCCAGCGGAAAACAAUAAACUCAUAAACAAUGGUUAUCUCCGAACACCGUACGUCAUGAAAAACAAUGGCCAUGGCAGCGGUCCUGUGAAUCGUAUUACCGCCAUCGAUGUGGACGAUGAUGAGGAGGCCGCGUCGCGCUUUCCCAACGACGACACCACAGCAUCACAUCAUUCCAUCACACAGAAGGAUGACAACAAUGCCUCCGCCAUUUCCCCGUUACUGGCCGGUGCCGAAACUAAUUCCGAUUUGUGCGGAAGCGAUGCCAAGCCGCAAUGUGCCAAUAAUGUGGGUCACAUCAAGCAUCCGACUGUGGUGUUUCUGGGCGGCGAUAGUGGCGGCAGUCGCACCGCGUUACAGUGCAAUGUGCCCAUGUCGUAUGCCAGCGCCAAUCACACCCAUCCGCCGCCACAACACCACUCGCCGCAAAGCGAUCUCUUGCUGAAAGAGUCAUCGUUGAGGUGUCGACUUUUGGUUUUGGCUGUGGCCUUGACUGUUUUGGGUGCUGCCAUCGGAGCAAUGGCCAUAUAUUUUGCUGGUAGUUAUCGCUGUCAACAACCGACCACAAGCCAUAACCUAGAUAAUAAUCAAAACUUCAACAAUAUCACAGAAUUCAUAUCAGAUAAAGAUGACAUCUGUUUGACAGAAGAAUGUGUGAGAACGGCGGCCUACUUACUAUCAGCCAUGGAUACCAGUGCGAAUCCAUGUGAGAAUUUUUUUCAAUAUGCCUGCGGAACAUGGAAUAAAAUUCAUAUAAUACCAGAAGAUCGAAGUUCUAUAAGCACUUUUGAGGUUCUGGCAGAUCAACAACAGGUCAUACUCAAAGGAGUUCUCGAAGAACCCAUUAAUGCUCUGGAUAAUCAAGCAACGAUAAAAGCAAAAAUGUUCUACAAUAGCUGUAUCGAUAUACCCCAAAUACGCAAAGUGGGUACAGAACGUUUAAAAAAUGUUCUCAAAUCACUGGGCGGCUGGCCGGUAAUAGAACCCAAUUGGUCACCCCCCAACAUUAGUAUAGAAGAAUUGAUUGGUACAUUGCGCGGCGCCUAUGGUGAACCUGUCCUAAUUGAAUUGUAUGUUGGGGCAGAUGAUAAAAAUUCCUCCAUACACAUAUUACAAAUAGAUCAAUUCCCCCUGGCAUUACCCUCCCGAGAUUAUUAUCUGAAGGCAAGUAGUGAAAACGAUUUGAAAGCCUAUCAUAAAUAUAUGACCCAAACGGCCAUAUUAAUGGGUGCCAAUGCCACAACGGCCAAGGAGGAACUAAACGAUGUCUUACAACUAGAGGUCCAGCUGGUUAAUGCCACUCUACCGGAGGCGGAUCGUCAUGAUACCAGUGCCAUAUAUCGUAAAAUCACCCUACCCGAAUUACAAGCUGAGGUGCCACAACUAAAUUGGACAUUGUUUCUGCAAACCGCUUUGGGUAAUAAUGUCCAGCUGAGACCGGAUGAACAGCUAGUUAGCUAUGCCAUGCCAUAUCUAAUUGAAAUGGGUAAAAUUCUCGUAAAGACCGAUACCCGAACUUUGCACAAUUAUGUUAUGUGGCGUCUGGUUAUGUCCAUAAUGAAUCACAUGAUCGAUGAUUAUCAAAAGGAGAGGGUGGAGUUUCGAAAAAUCCUAUUGGGUAUACAAACAGAAAGGGUACGAUGGUCUCAGUGUGUCGAUUGGACCAAUAAGAAAUUGGGUAUGGCCGUGGGGGCGCUGUUUAUUCGUGACAAUUUCAAUCAAAAUAGUAAAGAUACAGCCUUGGAAAUGAUCCAUACAAUCCGAGAGGCGUUCAACGAGCUGUUGGCCGAAAAUCAUUGGAUGGAUGAUGAAACACGGGCGGUGGCCAAAGAGAAGGCGGAUACAAUGAAUGAACGAAUUGGUUAUCCGGAAAUACUAACCGAUGCCAAGGAAUUGGAAAAGGAAUUUGUAAAUCUGACCAUAGCUCCUGACAACUUUAUGGAUAAUGUUUUAAGUAUCUUGAAAUGGGAAUCCGAAAAGAAUAUGCAACUCCUACGACAGCCUGUGGACAAGGAAAAAUGGACCACCGAACCAGCCGUGGUGAAUGCCUUCUACAAUCCCAAUAAAAAUGAUAUUGUUUUCCCUGCUGGUAUUUUACAACCUCUAUUUUACAGUCAGCACUUCCCCAAAUCACUAAAUUAUGGUGGUAUUGGUGUGGUCAUAGGACAUGAAAUAACGCAUGGCUUCGAUGAUAAGGGACGUCAAUUUGACAAGGAUGGAAACAUGAUGCAGUGGUGGAACAAUGCGACAAUUGAAGCUUUUCGUGAACGCACCCAAUGUAUAAUUGAUCAAUAUUCCAAAUAUAAAAUCGAUGAGGUUGGGAUGUACAUGAAUGGUCGGAUGACGCAAGGUGAAAAUAUUGCGGAUAAUGGUGGUUUGAAACAGGCAUUUAGGGCCUAUAAAAAAUGGGUACAACGUCAUGGUCCGGAACAACGAUUGCCCGGUCUAAAUCUAACACAUGACCAAUUGUUCUUUUUAAAUUAUGCUCAAAUAUGGUGUGGAUCGAUGCGUCCCGAAGAUGCGCUAACAAAAAUACGUUCCUCUGUACAUUCGCCGGGUUCAAUACGUGUAUUGGGUCCGCUAUCAAAUUCCAAAGACUUUGCUGAAGCGUAUCAAUGUGAGCUGGGUUCACCAAUGAAUCCCGUGGAAAAGUGUAGUGUAUGGUGA